CAGACAGGCCAGCCAGUCUCCGUCAGCUCUCGACUAUCGAGUCAGUUGGCAGUUGCAAGAUGGCCGAUCACAGGGAUAGAGACUCGUAUUAUUCACAAACGGAUCCACGAUCAAAAAACGACGAUCCUCCGAAUUCCCGACUCUUCGUUAUUUGCCAUAAAAGUCUUGAGGAAGAUGACCUUCGAAAGGCGUUCGAAAAAUUCGGCAAAAUUGAGGAUAUUUGGGUCGUCAAGGACCGAAACUCUGGCGAGAAUAAAGGUGUCACCUAUAUUAAAUUUUCAAAAACAUCGGAAGCAGCAUGUGCUCUCGAAGAAAUGAACGGUAAAAUGCUAGGUUCAGUGGGACGUCCAAUAAAAGUUAUGAUCGCAUCAAACCGGGAUCAAGGAUCGGUUCGUGAAACAAACGAGGAGGAGCGAUGGGUCCGCUUAUUCUGCGUCUUACCGAAAUCUAUGACCGACACAGAAUUGCAGCAAGAGUUUUCGAAAUUUGGGGCAAUCGAGUAUGCGACAGUCGUGAAAGAUCGCAAUACCAACGAGUCGAAAGGCUUUGGCUACGUGAAAUUCCGAAAAGUCUCGAGUGCCGCGAAGGCAUUUGAGGAGUGUGACCGUAAAUACAAAGCAGUCUUUGCCGAGCCAAAAAAGCCAAAACCUGAACACAACGAUUCAAAAUACAGCAGCAAUGGUCUCUCCGUCUCGUACGACAAUCUUGGCGGCGGUGGCGGCUAUGGUUCCUCAAAUUUUGGAAAAAGUAGCAUGAGUCUCGAGAUUGCGACGAAUUAUCAGAACACGGAAGGAUACACGAAGUUACAAGUGAUUGCCCAUCCGGCAUUAAAUCAGGACCAGCUGUGGAAAUUGUUUGACAUUGUGCCGGGAUUGGAUUAUUGUAGCUUGAAGACGGACGUGAGGUAUCGAAUGCCAAGGGGCCAAGCGUCGGUGGCCUAUUUAAAUCCGAAUGCGGCGGCCUAUGCGCGCGAAAAGUUUCACGGAUUUGAGUAUCCGCCCGGGCACCGAAUGAUCGUUAAACCCGAUUUAAGCGGCAAUCCAACAUCGAAAAAUUCGUCGAAACCUGGAGGGUCAAAUCUGAUUAAUGCCCGAACAGAUUUGGUACAUCUUGCUGAAACUAUCGCACAGGCGACAUCUUUAAUCCAAGCGGCUGGAUUGACAGCAUCUUCUUUGGACACGUCGCUGCUUAAACUUCCGCCCGCGCAAUCAAUGGCCAGUAUUGACGCAGAUGUCGCGAAAAGGUGCUUCAUCGUUUGCGGCCCACCUGUUCCUCCAAUUCUCGCGAUGAAGGACGCCUUUUGUAGAUUUGGGAACCUCAUCGACGUUUAUAUGCUGCCAGGAAAAAAUUGCGGCUACGCAAAGUACGCGAGUGUCGAAAGCGCGAAUAAAGCAAUCGAGGUUCUUCAUGGACAGGAAAUUUGUGGAUCUCGUUUGAAGGUUCUAGAGGCUGAAGAAAGAAACGUGGGCGAGGACAGGAGGAAGCGAUUGAGGAUGGAUGAGGAUGAGCAUUAAUUUGUCUUUGCGUAUAACACUGACUGGUAUACACAAGCUGGACGCACGCAACAAAAAUGAGACGAAUUAAAAGACACUUGACUUCGGUUGGGCCUGGAACCAAGGAAAACUACUCUCAACUACCUACUUUAACAGUCAUUUACGUUUGCUCCAUCUCCAUCACUGAAACCUUAACGUUACUUUACUUUAUCCUAUCUCAACACUUACUGGACUUUUGUUGGUACUAUUAUUUUGAAAAGGCCUGUGCGAAGAGCCAAUAUUGCACAAUUUUUU